AUGUACCAACGAGAUGCUGUACAGAAUUUACAAAGCGGCAAGUUUAGCUCUUUGAAUUUUUUGAGGAAACCACAAAGAAUUUCCUGCCAGGUCGAAACAACAGCCAUGAACGACGCUUUGAAACGGAACACAGAUCUGAAUAAAAGUAAAAUUAUUGUAGAUAAAAGUUUACAGGAUUCUCAACAUGAUGAACACGAUCCUGUGGGCAAUGAAUUGGCAGGGCGGCUCAACGAGAAAUUAAAUUUCAAUAAAGAUGCGGACCCAUCAAAGAAGGAAGAUUGGGAUGUUGAAACAGACCCAUUGAAGAAAGAAGCAUGGGAAAGCGAAACAGACCCAAGCUUAAGCAUGCAAGACUACUUCCCUGUAUCGAAACCAGAUGUGCCUGAAGUUGAAAUCAAUAACAAUUCCAACGAUGACAACGAUGACGAUGAUGAUGAACCAGAAGACAGGUAUUUGGAUAGUAGAAAACUUAGCGCUAUAUUCAAUCCACCCUCAAUAUUACUUACACGAAGCAAAUCCCUACCAACUUCUCCACUAGAAGGUAGGGUAAGCCAGGAACAAAGACCUCCUGUUUUCAAGAGGUCUAAAUCGGUUCAUUUUGCUCAAAGUGAGAAGUUUGAAGUUAAAUACUUUAGGGAGGACGAAAGUCCGUUAUUCUUAAGAAACGAAUCAGGAGAGUACGGUACGAAAUCUGGAAAGUUAAGGAAAAGCAGACGCCAUAGAAGCCGAGAGGCUGUUGCCAAAGUUAAUGGUGAUGAUGACGACGAUGAUAUGUUGAAUAUGAAGGGAUCAAAGAGGUCCUUGGAAUUGGUAAAUGGAAACUUGAUCCUUCAAGCACAAACUCCAAAGUUAUUACGAUUAGAUGUAUUUGGUGUAAGAAAAAAUCAGUUCCAAACGUUUGCCAAUGGUAUAUAUAAUUCGAUGAACACUCCAAAUUCUGGAUGGUCAAAUUCUCUUCACUCUAAUAAUGCACCUUUUUGGAAGUAUAGUCAUGGUAUUAAUGAUAAUGAUGAUAAUGAUAAUAACAACAACAACAAUAAAAAUGAAGAUGACGCUAAUACUACUGGCAUCCCAAACUUUGAUUUCAGCUCUCCUUUUAAUACAAAUGAUAGCUUUAAAAAAGAGGCAAAUUUGGGAACCUUUAUUUGUCAUUUACAAGACCUUAGAUUGGACACACAAGGGCACAUGUUGAUUGGUAAUGUCAUUGUACGAAACAUAUCCUACGAAAAGAGAGUUAUUGUACGAUACACCUUAGAUUCCUGGAAAUCUCAACAGGAUGUUGAAAGUGUAUGGAUAACAAACCAUUGUAACCUGAAAAGUGGUACAGGAGCUAUCGAUAUCGAUGUCUUCCAAUUUGCCAUUGAUCUCGGUAAAAUCAAUACAAUCGAGCACAUCGAAAUGUGCAUACUAUACCAAACACGAGAAGGGUCUUCAUGGAUCGAUCAUUGGGACAACAAUUCGGGCCAGAAUUACAAAGUCAGUGUCCGAGUAAAGUAA